AUGUCCAGGAUCUUUGGGCGCAGGUCAACCUCCCUGAAACUUAUGAGCCCUCCGGACUCCAUGCCCCUCUCGGAACAAGAGAAUCGCGAUUCCUCAGACAACCACCAUGACUCGGCUUACUCCUCGCUGUUGGAUCCCAUGGUGCGCGCAAUGGAGCCGCCAGAGCACCGCCGGACCAAAUCCACGCCAGGCGCAUGGAUGCAAGGCUUCGCAACUUCUGGACAAGAUGUCUCACACCGGACCUGGUUGAGUACCGCCGAAAGACGCCCCUCAUGGACUGGUGAGCGUCCGCCUCCUCGGAAGCUGGUCAAAGACCCCAACGGCUCCGGCCGGCCAUCGUUCUCCGUCGAGCUCUCGGAUAGUGACGGGGAGAAGGAGAAGGGUGUCCUACGACGACAGCUUACCCGACUGAGGAGCUUCUACCGACGAGAGAAGCCAGGACCCUGA